AUGGGCACCCUUAGUGCAGACAGGAUGCCCAACAGCAGCUCCAUCAGUGAGUUCCUCCUCCUGGCGUUGGCAGACACGCGGCAGCUGCAGCUCCUGCACUUCUGGCUCUUGCUGGGCAUCUACCUGGCUGCCCUCCUGGGCAACGGCCUCAUCAGCACAGCCGUAGCCUGCGACCACCGCCUGCACACCCCCAUGUACUUCUUCCUCCUCAACCUCGCCCUCCUCGACCUGGGCUGCAUCUCCACCACUCUCCCCAAAGCCAUGGCCAAUAUUAUCUUUGACACCCAGGCCAUUUCCUACACAGGAUGUGUUGUUCAGGUAUUUCUGUUUGUGUUUUUUAUCUCAGCAGAAUAUUUUCUUCUCACCAUGAUGUCCUAUGACCGCUACGUUGCCAUCUGCAAGCCCCUGCACUACAGGACCUUGAUGGACAGCAGAGCUUGUGCCACCAUGGCAGCAGCUGCCUGGGGCAUUGAAUUCUUUAAUUCCCUGCUGCACACUGCCAGUACAUUUUCCCUGCCUCUGUGCCAAGGCAAUGCUGUGGAUCAGUUCUUCUGUGAAAUCCCCCACAUCCUCAAGCUCUCCUGCUCAAAAUCCUUCAAAUCCUACCUCAGGGAAGUUGGGUUUCUCCUUUUUAGUGUCUGUUUAGCCUUAGUGUUUUUUGUCUUCAUUGUUGUGUCCUAUGUGCAGAUCUUCAGGGCCGUGCUGAGGAUGCCCUCUGAGCAGGGACGGCACAAAGCCUUCUCCACGUGCCUCCCUCAUCUGGCCGUGGUCUCCCUGUUUCUCAGCACUGGCUCUUUUGCCCAAAUGAAGCCCUUCUCCAACUCCUCCCCAUCCCUGGAUCUGAUGGUGUCAUUUCUGUAUUCUGUUCUCCCUCCAACGCUGAACCCUAUAAUCUACAGCAUGAGGAACAAGGAGAUCAAGCAUGCUCUCAGCAAAGUGUUGCAAAAUGUGCACUAUUCCAGCUUCAAUAAAAUGCACAUCUGCCUCACAUGA